CACGAAUUUCAAUGUGAAUUUAGAUCUGAAAUGAGUGUCAAUUAUUUUUUCCUGUUGACAUUGAAAAUCCCCCUGUUUACACCUGUCAUGUGGAUUUACAUUUUUUUUUACAAAUUACAUAAUAUAGUGUAGCAGACUUGAAUAUUUAUUGUUCUUGACUUCUCAUAAAACAAUACAUUGAUAAUGGUUUGAGUGACAAUGGCUCUUCAAAGGACAAACUGGCAAGAUCUUGGUGGCUUAGCUACGCUUCUCAGAGACAGUGGUGAUCGAGUUCUAAACGGCAACAGUAAACUAAGACUCACCCCAGCACUGUUAUCAAAACUCAAUGCUGCAUUUACUAGCAUUUCUCUUCUUGGUUCCAAUGGGGACUUUCAGGUAACAUCUGCCCAUGCCUCUCAAACCCCAACAACAGCACAACUCCAUUUUCUACAUGACUUUGUGCAAAAGACUGUUGGUCUUACUAUUUCUGGCAAUGGGAAUAGUAAGGGAGACUUGUACUCCGCACAAGCAAUUGAUCUGAGUCGGUUUCGGUCACUUCGCCACCUGGAGUUGCGAAGUGUCACCCUCUCUCAGAGGAAUGACACAGAUCAAAGAAUUGAAGGACUUUCCUCUCUACGAUUUUAUUUAGAAGCAUUAGUUCUUGUUCAAGUUUUUCAAUCAGAUGACCUGCUGUGGGAGGUCCUGGCAGAUGGAGCUGUUUCUAUUGGCCCAGAUGUUAUUUGGGCGAAGCUUUCCCAGCUUGUUGUCAGUUACUGUGGACUCAGAUCUCUUGGCCGUGGCAUAUCUUUGGCAUGCAAUUUGCAGUGGGUGGAUGUUAGCCACAAUAUGAUUGCCGAUGCUAAUGCUGUCAGCUCAAGUUUGGCUGCUCUCCCUAAGUUGUGCUAUUUAAAUCUCAGCUAUAACCGUUUAACCAAAAUUCCUGUUCCAUCAUUUGCCCCCUCCUGUCCAAUGCCCAGCAAAAUCCAGAUACUACUCUUGUCACAUAAUUAUAUUGAAGACUUAAGUGGACUGGAAAAUUUGACUUCCGUGCGAGAAUUGAAUCUAGAAGUUAAUCAGCUGCAGGAUCAUUCUAGUUUACUGCCUCUUCGUUCUUUGUACCAGUUGCAGCACAUUAAGCUGAAAGGCAAUCCAAUUAGUUAUCACAAGCGCUAUCGAAUUAUUGCAACAUCUUAUCUUUCUCCAAGAGCAGUCUUUGUGAAGCAUCAGUACCGCCGUGAUACUGUUAAGUUAAUCCCAUUUAUGCUCGAUGGUCAAAAGUUGACUGAAACUGAGUUACAAGCUGUUAGAGAUGGUCCAUCUAUUUCUAGCACCAACAAGAGUGAAUCUAGCUCAAGUGAUUUGUCCAUCAGCUUCAGCAAACCUCCUGAGACUUCAAAAGCUCCUGGAUCAGAGAUGGAGAGAUCAACUCGAAAGAGCCGUAAAGUUAGAGAAGUUAUCAUUGAAGAUUUUGACACGCUUGAUGAAUUGACUAACAUGAAUUUAGGAAACAAUCCAAAUACAGGAUCAAUUGAAUCAUCUGGAGAGCAUUUACAGACGAAAAGAGAGUUAGAAAAUUAUAAAGCAAAAUUACAGGAUAAUUAUUUGAUAGGGUCUACUGUGCCAGAGCUUUUAGGGUUUCAACGAUCAACUCCCUCUGUGUCAGCUGGUGGUUUAAUGGGAACAAGUGUUGCCAGUAUCAGUAGUUUUACAAGACCACCCUCAAGUUCCACUCCUCUCCCAUCACCUGGCUUGCUUCCAUCAUCAACAGGCAUGGCAGUACCAUAUCUAGGCCAUCUAGAUGAACAGCAACUUUUGGAAACUAUUAUCUCAAAAACAUAUCCUGAAGUGAAAGACAACAUUGAAGCUUCUCAAACAACUCUAUCUACCCAGUACCACACAGCAAAUGACUCUGACACUGUGCUGCAUAUUUCAACUGGAAAUGAAGAAACAGCAUCUAAGGAUAAUUUACCCUCUCCUGGAUCAGUUGUGGGAUAUGAUGGAGAUAUAGAUGAUGAAGAUAAUACAAAUAAUGAAUAUUGUGAUGAAGAUCUUGAUACUGGGGAUCAUUCCAAGUAUUUCGUAAGAAAACUAACCCAGGGAUACAAGUUACCGCAAGACAUCGCUUUAGUGGCCACUUCAAGGUUUAUUAAAGAAAUUGACCCUUCUUCUGGACGUGUUGUUCAGUCUUGGCGGCUCAACUGCCUAGAAAGCUGUGAACUAUUGAGUGCCUCUCCGUGCCAAGUGCAAUUGACUUUUAACACUGUGGUCCCUUCCAAAAAGAAACGUGUUUAUGAAAUGGAUCCAGAUGAGGCUCAAAAACAACUUUUACCAUCUUUAAAAACUAUUUUAGAGUCAAGAUCUCUUAGUGCCUUAAAUGUGGCUGCAUUCCGAUGCAUGAAGUGCUCAGGAGAGUUUUCUAUUGAGCUGAAUUCACGCAAAACUUCCAAAAUAUGUCCAACGUGUGGAUCAACUUUAGUUUUUGAACUGGAUGAAGCUCCCCUCCCCUCCCUUGGUUCUCCAUCAUUUGUUUCACCAAGAUCUGAAGAAACUUUAAUUGCAGAGUCUUCUACCUUACCCCCAUGUUCUGAACUCCUACACUCUCCUUCUGACUCAAGUAUUGCAAAUGUGGGUGUGAAUGCACGAGCUGCAAGACUUCAGGUGUUUGCCGAUGUCCAUCUUCCCCCUUCCUCCAUAGCACCUAGGUCAGCUGUGUCAUUGGAAUCUCCUGGGAACACUUUGCAGCAAAAUUCAGACUUUUCAUCUAAUAUCAACCCUACUUUGAGAAGAUGUGAGAGUGACAUUGAUAUAAUAAGCAACCCUAGUCAGAGUAGUAUUGAAAUUUUGGAUGAUGUGAGCAGAUCAAGUGGAACACCAGGCCGUAAGCGUUCCUCAGAGGAAAGACAAGUUGUGGCUAUUCCUAGCCUAGUAACUGUUCCUGAAGUGACAAGUACUCUUGCACCUCUACCUGCUGGUCUCACUGAGAGCAGUUCAUCGGGUUCUAUAACUGACAGUGUCUGCACUGCUUAUGAAAAUAAUAUAGGCGCAGGUGGAACUAUUGUUCGUCGAGGGGCUCAUGGACUAGCCAAAUCUGUUCUGAAAGAGGAACCCAGCAGGGAAAAUUCACCUCGUUAUUCAGAAGAACCAAUUGUUGAUUCCUCUCAGCAAUCGACAUCAUUGUCCAAUGUUUAUGACAAUUUAUUACAGACAAUGAGCUCCAAGAUUUCUGCUUCCGAGAACUCAGAAAAAAGGCUCAGAAAAAAAAGGGCAGUUUCCGAUAACAUGAUCUAUUAUGAUUAUGUUGACUUUUCUGCUGUAGAUCAUCGCUUGAAACUUCAUCUACAUCUUGCAAUUCUAGAUGCUGAUGAAUGUGAAGUUAUCCAGUUGUUACUGCGGGGUGAAGUACUAACAAGUGCUCCAGAAAACCGAUAUCCCGGAAUACUUGUUAUUUCAUCACAAAAAGUGUACAUCAUGAAAAUUACUGGUCCGGAGGAAAGUGACAGAGUGGACCGGUGGAUAUCGAGAGUUGUUGCUGUUCCUCUGGAUAGACUGUAUUCUAUCUCUGCCCUACCAUGGAAUGCAGGAAUCUUGAUUUCACUUCAGAGCACCGCAUUAAGUAAUCUGAUUAUAGUUGUUCAAGAUCCCCUCCACACCACUAAUUUCUUUACCUGUAUGAAGCAACUACAGAUAGAGCCAUCCUGGAAAAUACAGGACUCUCCAUCUGAAAAGCACAGUCUUACUGCAACUGGAAUCCUUCAAGAUAUUGUAAGAAGUGCCUUUCCUGAUGCGGACCUGGCUAUAAAACUUGCUGCACUGCUUUGUUCAUGCGUUAUAUCUAAAGACGACGGGGAAAAAUCAUCUAAUGGCUGUUUGAUUGUGGUAACAGAAACUAGCCUGCUUUUAAACUCUGAUGAUUUGUCAUGGUUAAUACCUGCUGACAAUGUACCACUACACGUGUCACUAAAAUGCAUAGCUCAGCAGUCAAUUAGCAACCUUAUCCAAGUGGAAUCCAAUGGUGAUGGAUUAUGGCUGCAGUUUUUGGAUGAGGCAGCAGGUGGAGAAGAAGUGUGGAAACUUACUCUGCCGUCAGAGACAGUUUUAGAACAAAUUGUGGAGGCUAUUCGUGCACCAUGGGAGGAGUUAUUUUCUGUACCCCUUCAAGUUGUUCAGACUAACAAGUUGUAAUUCAUAAUUUGAUAUCUU